AUGGCGGACCGGAAGGUUCUUGUGAAAUAUUACCCGCCUGAUUUCGAUUUCGACAAAUUACAGGCCAAAAAGAAAGUCCUUCGAAUUCAACAACAGCAGCUGAAAAGACGCAGAGGAGAUGUCUUCGAUCCGCCGCAGAAAAAACACAAAAACAAAGUUAUGAAUGUCCGCAUGAUGUACCCUUUCACGCUCAGAUGCGGAACUUGCAAUGAGUAUAUAUAUGUCGGCACCAAAUUCAACUCCAGAGUCGAGAAAGUUGAGGGGGAAGAUUAUUUAGGAAUAAUCAAGUGGCGGUUCUACGGACGCUGUCCGCAGUGCCGAGCUGAUAUUUGCUUCAAAACUGAUCCGCAGAAUUGCGACUACGUCUUAGAGUGGGGCGGCACCAGGAUGUGUGACCCAUUGCGUGAUCAGGCGUUAGCUGAGGAGCGUAUGCAGAAAGAAGAGGAGGAGAAGCUGGCAACCGACCGCAUUUCUCAGGUGGAGGCCUCGCGUCAGGGCCUGCAACAGGAGAUACUGGCGCUUGAGCAGCUGGCGGAACUGCGCCGCCUCAACCGCCGUCUGCUGGACAAAACAGCGGCUUCAGACGCAGCAUUGGCUUUUCUUAAGGAGCGACGCAUCAACGAAGGCGCAGAGGGGGCGGAAACUACGCAAGAGUGGACGGAAGUUGAAAAGGAUGAACUACGUUACUUUAAAGCGGCCAGGGAAUUCGACUCCGAUCCUCAAUCUUCAGAAGAGGAAAUCGAAGAAAGGAAGGAUCACCAGGCUGCCGAGGCAGACGUUUCGGAACCAGCGAACAGCACAACCGGCACCUCAUCUACAAGUAGCAGUAGUAGUAGUAGUAGUAGCAGCACCAGCAGUAAUAGCAGCAGCAGCGGCGGCGGCCUUGUGGAUAGACGAGCGAGCAUCAGCAGUUCGUGCACAACAAGCACGAAUCUAUCCGCGAACAGCGUUGGGGAUGGGGGACGCAGUGGUUCUUCUCGGGGGGGAUCUUCGCUUGGCGGCUUGAAUUCGCUUGAUGGCACAAGCAAAGUUUUGGAUUUUGGUCUGGGAGUGCGCGUUGCAGCACCGAAGCUGCUGGUUGUUAAGAAGCCGCAGCCUGAGCUCUCAGGGGACUGCUCAUCGCUUUUAGGGGACUACAACUCCUCCAGCGCCGCCGCUGCCGCCGCUGCUGCUGCUCCAGACUACCGUUGCAGUGUCUUCACGUCGCAGCAGCGGCAGCAGCUGCUGCUGCACCCGUUGGAGCACCAGCAUGUGAUUCUAGCACCUCCAUUCUUGCUGCAGAGCCUCUGCACGGGUGCAGAGGCACGGCUAGCCCCGCGGAGGGCACCCUUGAAGACCCCCCCGGCGAAGCAUGCGCACCAACGCCAGGAGCUGCUGCGGCUGCCGCUUUCUUCUCCUUCUCAACUCCGUCUUCUGCAGCGUCUCGAUGAUUCUCAAGGCGACAAGGGUGCUUCAACACCAGCAGCACCAGCCGUCGCAGCAGCGCAUAACAGGCCGUGCUUUGUCCUCUUCAACGGAGACGCAUCGGGACUCGACCCUGAAAUUCUUCUACACCCUCACGAGGCAGCAAAAACAGCAGCAGCAAACGCUUCAGGAAUUGCACAAUCGGCUUUCCGCGUUUUUUCUUUCUGGCAUCACACAGGGGGCCCGCAUCCAGGACAGCAGACCCCCGAGUCUUCUCCCGCCCCUCACGCCUCUGGCGAGCUCACUGAGCACAGUCAAACACCAACCAAAACAGCAACGGUAGCAGCAGCUGAGAAAGCACCCAUAGCAGCAGAUGAGAAAGAACCCAUCGUGCUUCACCUGCCUGCGGUACCGGGGGGCUGGAACCGCCAAACAGACGCCGAAGCCCUGGAGAGGACAGCAAUAGCAGGAGCGGCUGCUGCAUGCGGCGAUCUGCUGCUGCUGCCGCUCUCCCUAGGGGACCUGGAGGGCCCGAGGUCGUUGCUGCCGCAGCAGCAGCCUCUGCCUCUCCUCUUCAACGCACUGCAACUUCAGCUGCAACUGCGCACAUUGCAGCAGCAGAAGCAACAACAAAAGGGUCUACCUGCCACAUCUCUGUCUAUCGCAGCAGCAGCAAAUAGGACGAAGCCUCUAGUGUUGCUGCUCAGCGACCCCUUUCACAUCGACCACACACCCCAGAGAAUGUCAAAUGAAGACACAGCCAUACCACCAACAGCAGCAACGGCAGACGCAGCACUGGAGGCUCUCCGUGUCGCCGCAGCCCAUGCAGCCCUGCGCUUAUUGGAGACAGAAUGGAGAGCAGCCGCGCGCGAGUUGGGGGUGGACGAACCAGCUAACCAUCAUAAUCAUCAACAACUUCCUGCUGAGGGCAUGCCGGCAUUGCGCUCCCUGUUUUCUGUGCAUGUCGUGUUCUUACCAAGACUAAAGACGGCUCAUGGUCCCUCUCGGCCGUCUUUGGCCGCGCUGACACCGGAGGGCAAAACAAAUCUGCAGCUGCAGCUGAACUCGUUGCUGGCAUUACACCGUGCGAGGGAAGCAUUGCGGCCAAAGGAAACGGACCAGUCUCAGCAUCGGCAGCAGCAGCAGGGGGAGGCUGGUCGAGAGGGAGCAGGAGGCAGCAGCAACAGCGCACUGCCACUUUUUGAAGAAGCUACUGCAGCAUGUCGGGCAAUGCUUGCUGCUCCUGAGGUCUCCUCCUCUUCUCCUGUGCUUGAAGAGACCCCUGGAGCAGCAGCACAAGGACCACUCACCGCUUCUGCUGCACUGGAGUUCGACGCUGAAAUGUACAGGAGAGAACUCCUCGCCAAGUAA